ACCCGGCUGUUAGGAUUUCAGAAAAGGAUGGGUACCUCUGCCCUCCAAGAGUCUAGUUGUGCCCUCUCAAGCUUCAUGGAGUCUGUGUUCUUUGUACGGAAUACAGAUGAAGGGUUGGUGGCCAUCCUGUGUGGGAGAUGACAUAGCUUUGAGCCCUGUCACCCUGUCCCUGGCAAAAGGUUAUCUCUGGAUGGAUGAACAGGAAAGGUCAGGUUGGGGGGAAGCCAUGCCCAGCUCCCUUCUGUUGGGGAAGAUAAGAGAGGUCACAGUCAAGGCGGGGGGGGGGGGGCGAGCCAUGAUGUAUAAAUGGGGGGCCUGGAAGCUGCAAGGAAGCUGAGCCACCUUCACGCCCGAGGCAUCUCUGUUCAACAUGGCCAAGUGCUCGCUGCUGCUGCUGCUGCUGCUGGCCUGGGCGCUGGCGGGGGACCUGGCGUGGGGGACCGAGGCGCGAGCAGUGCCCUAUGGGGUGAAGCUCUGUGGCCGCGAAUUCAUCCGUGCUGUCAUCUUCACCUGCGGGGGCUCCCGGUGGAGGCGCAGUGACUUCCUGGGGGACAUGUUCUCAGAUGCAGACUCUGAAGCAGAGGGCAUGGCGGUCGAGGGGAACGAGGCCGUGGACUCCAGUGAAUGGCUAUCCCUCACCAAGCCCCCCCAGGCCUACUACAGCGGUGGGCCCAGCUGGCAGGGCGCCCCUGGGACCCGGCGGCAUAGCCGGGAUGUCCUGACUGGCCUGUCAAGCAACUGCUGCAAGUGGGGUUGCAGCAAAAGCGACAUCAGCAGCCUCUGCUAGGCUGGGGGUGGUGGUGCCAGGCCCCAGCCCCACCCCCUACCCCGCUGGACACUGAUUCACCCACAGUCACUGUGUCCUGGUGUUCUGGGCUCCCGUCAUUCUCUCCUGCCCCUUCUCCAGCCAUCGCCCUUGGCCAGCCUGGCCGGAUCCUGUGCCCGGAGGCCUCCAGACUCCCUACCUGAGCAUCCAGGCUACUUUUGCCCCCCAUAGUCUCGUGUCACAUUUGUGUUCCUACUCUUCCCAAAUUAGCCACAUGGUGACCCCGGGCCUCCUGCCUGGCACCGAAUAUGGCCAUUGGCCCUUGGUCAGCCGGAAUGACGUCCAUUCCCUCCCCAACUCCCCCUGCUGGGCACCCGAGGAAUGGUACCAGGGUCCCCAUACCCUGAAAACCUGUCACGAGCAGCUCAGUGGGUGCCUCGGAACCUCCCUGAACCCCAAUAAAAGUUACUUGC